AUGGGGAUGCUCUCUGUGCAAGAAGCUUUUCGUAGUGCUCCUAUCUUUGGUUCCGGUUCCGAAGGUGAUGUCACAAUGCGAGCCCUUGGUGGUGAAGGUGAUUCUGCAACUGGCCUUGAAAGAGACGGACAGUCUAUUCAGGUCGCGGUGAAUGGGGCUGGUAACUUCGUUUCAAUGUACGGUAAUUCGCUUGGUGGCCUUCCCCGAUAA